AUGGGCAGAUUGACAAGGAGUAAAGUUGUAGCAGACAACCUUUCAUUCGAAACCAUUACGAAAAAAGGGCAAAAUGCAGAAGGAAACGAUAAAAAGAUAGACCGUAAGGAAUAUCCGGAUAAUGAAUCAUUUGAAUCAGAUCUUGAUUUAAUGUUUGAGAAUGCCAAAAAAUAUAAUGUGGAAGGUUCACAAAUAUAUAAUGAUGCCAAAUCAUUACAGAGAUUAGCGCAUAAUCUCUUAGGAGACAAAUACGUUAAAACUAAAGAAGGUAGUGAAAUGUAUAAAACAUUCGACAAGAUUGAGCAUAAUGGCGAAACGUAUAAUAUAGGCGAUUAUGUGCAUAUUGCCAAUGAACGUGACCCAGAUAAGCCAAAUGUUGGACAUAUUUUCAGAAUCUGGAAAAACCACAAGUAUAUAGAACG